AUGAAUGAUGAAUUUAAUGUAACAUAUCUAACUUUUGGUGGCCAUGUGGAACUGCAAAAAUACAGAUUUCUGUAUUUUGCAAUUAUGUUUACUGUGUAUGUUCUAAUACUCUGCAUUAACUUAAUUAUCUUGUUCAUCAUCUGGAUUCAGAAGAGCCUCCAUGAGCCGAUGUACAUUUUCGUUGCAGCUUUGUUACUAAACUCUAUUGUUUUCAGCACUAACAUCUACCCAAAGCUGUUGAUCGACUUUUUAUCUGACAAGCAGGUCAUAGCUCGUUCACUAUGUGCUCUUCAGUCAUUUAUUUAUUAUUCUCUAGGCGGAUCUGAAUUCUUACUGUUAGCAGCCAUGGCCUAUGACAGGUAUGUGUCUAUAUGUAAACCUCUGCAAUAUCCAAUUAUCAUGAGAAAAACAACCGUCGGUGUUUUGCUGCUUUUAGCUUGGCUUCUGCCUGCUAUUCAGCUUAUGCCAUCAGCUGUAAUGACUAAGAAUUUACAACUCUGUAGCUUUACUUUGACUGGGAUUUUUUGUAAUAACGCACUUUCCAAGCUUUACUGUGUGACCUCGAGAACACUGUCAGUAUAUGGCGUGGUUAUUCUGCUUAAUGUAGCCAUUCUCCCCCUGCUUUUCAUACUGUUUACAUACACAAGGAUUCUAAUAAUAUCUUAUCGAAGCUGCAAAGAAGUCAGAACAAAAGCAGCACAGACCUGUUUACCUCAUCUGCUGGUCUUAAUCAGCCUUUCAGUUUUGUGCUCGUAUGAUGUCAUUAUAGCUCGGCUGCAAGUUUAUUUUCCCAAAACUGCACAUUUGAUAAUGACUUUACAAAUAGUAAUCUAUCAUCCUCUCUUUAACCCGAUCAUAUAUGGAGUGAAAAUGAAAGAAAUCUCUAAACGUCUCAAGAAGCUGUUGUGUGAAGGCAAACUGGUCUAA